GUCUUAUUUAUUAAAAAAAAAAACAAAAAAAAAAAACCUGCAGUUCUGGGUUAUUGCACAGACGGGUCCAUAGAAAGCACUGUAUGAGAUCAGACCUCUUCAUUUGGGAAGCCUGAUGCUGCGUACUUAGCUCAUCUGAGGUCCCUUUUUGAUGAUUGAUUGCAACUCAUAUGCAGACAGUUAUGGAUUCAGGGUUAGCUUUGGAAACUUGUCAAGUGGGGCUGUAUAGCACCAAAUUAUGAGAACACUUUAAAAGUGGGGGUCAUGCCCCAUUUUUUCCUUCAUCUUUACAUCCAUUACUCUAAUUAUUUCCAGGUGCCUGAAUUUUUGCUUUUCUGGGGUGAAUGCAAUAUUUGUUUUUAUGAUUAAAGAGCAGUUUUGUUUCUAGCAGGAUAAACUUUCUCUUUAUACUCUCUGACCUUUUCUUUUCUUUUCUUCACAGCUUUCCUAUUCUCCAAGUUAGUAGAGUAUCAGGUGCUAGUAUUAACAUUGCAAGAGGUAUUAUCACAUUAGGCUUCCCAAUCAGAGAAAUAAUUCAGGUAAUCAGAGCUUCUACCUUUGUCUGCUACAGCAGAAAUAGAUGGCUUUGUAUCUUGAAUGUAAUUGUUCCUCAUGCAAUAGCCAAAGGAAAUGCAAUUGAUGAGGUGAAUUGACUCCUUUGCAGUUUGUUUUUUAAAAAGUGCGUCAAAAGACCAAAAAUAGCAUUUGCUAACUUCUUCAGUGUGCUUUUGUCUGCACAUCCUUCCCCCACUGUAAUCCUGAUUAUUGUUAGACAAAAAUACAACAAAUUUGUCCUCCCUGCAAUGUCUUAUUUCUGAGGGCUUGUCUACACUGGUAUGCUAAAUAGACGCUGCUGUGAUCGAUCCAGCGGCAUCGAUUUAGCAGGUCUGGUAAAGACACAGUAAGUCAAUGGCAGAGCGCUCUCCCAUCGAUUUCAGUACUUACCUUCCGCCUCUCGGAAAGGGGAAGUCAGCAGGAGAGCAUCUCCCACCAAAGUAGUGCAGUGUAGACACCACGUUAGGUUAAUGUAAGCUACGUCACUCGGCGGGAUUUUUUUUACACACCCCGGAGUGAUGUAACUUAAUCGAUUUAAGUGGCAGUGUAGACCAACCCCUUGAGACACAUUUUUGACACAAGUAACUAACACUUGGUCAGUUGCCAAGCCGUGACAUCUUGGGCCUUCCUACUGCAUCCACGUGUUCUCCUUUCCCUCCCUUCUGGCAAUCCAUUUACUAAAACGUAUAAAUAUUGGUAGUGUGAUCCGUGUCUUGUUGUGAGGCAGAGUGCUGCUGUACGGUUCUCCACUGCCUGAAGUGCAUAUCACCCUGCACAGAAAUGCAGAUUUGAGCUGCAGCUGCUCGUGAUCACAUCAAAGCAGCACCAGCUGUCUCCUGUUGUAGAUUUAGCAGUGGAGAGGUGCAAGGGAGUAUACUGCCAGGUACUGAAAUUACCCCUUGUGGGGAGAGCAUGAACCAGUGUUAUCACUUGCUGAUACUUUUGCAGUUCUGUGCCUUGUGUGAGAGAAGAAGAAUUUAGGAGAAACACUUCCUUGCUAAAUUCCAUUGGCACCUCUGGUUAUUAAGAAUGUCAUCCCUGCUCCAUUAUCUGCAGCUUGAUAUGGCUUAAUGACCUAGGAUGGUCAUUGUGUAUCAGUGUUAUAAUCUAGCCUAGUGAAGUGGCCUCACUAUUAAGACAGAAUUGAUGACCCCAAACUAAUUCGCAUUUCUUAAUGUCAGAAGUCCUAAAUAGGCAGGCUGUUCUGGGUCCAUUUUCCCCUUCAACUUCCCUGUGUUCACAUUCAAAUACAUGUGACAAAUCUUACUAAGUUAUCUGAAGUAGCUCCAUUUCCUUGUGUGUGGUGGUCUGCAGGAAUAGAACUAGAAUUGUAAACUGAAAUUUCAUUUUCUUCCCCAAUGGCUCAUUCUUUUGUUUUUUUCCUAUAUAUAAUGCAAGUACCAGCUCAUUGCAUUGCUCAUCUUCUAAUUCCUACAGUAGGUAUUACAUUUGGGGAAUGGGAGUAAUACCUUUCCUAGGGAGGAGGGCCCAGUUACCAUUCCACUAUUUUGUUUUCUCAUUGGAGUCCCAUAAACUUAGGGGGAAGGAUUUAUAUUUUGAUUGCCCUCCUUUACAGUACAUGAAGUGCAGUGUGGUGGAGUUGGUACAGUCAAUUACUUUGUUCUGAAUUUUAUGAAGAGUGAAUCCUGCAGCAAAAAGCAGUAUCUUGUAGGGACCCUAAAGGAAAACUGUACAGUAGUUGAGUAUGAACUGUUGAUGGUUAGGGAAGGAAAAGCAUCUAAACAAGUUGGUAAACCAUGUGUGGCCACUAGAUGUCACCUUUACUCCAUGUCCAUGACUAUAGACCCACUGGCUAACUGAUACUUAACAACUUUCUUAAGUAGUGCAUCAUUUCAGCCAAGUGGUGCUUAAAAUACACAUUUGAAUAUAAUUUUGAUUACAGUUUUGUUGUGGAAGAGUGUUGCAGUUUGUAAUGUAAAUAACUUUCAUGGUCUUGAAGUUGGCCUGUUUUUAAGGCAUUAACAUAAUUGGUGGUGGUAAACCCAGGGGCGGCUCCAGGCUCCAGCGCAUCUGGGGCGGCCUGCCAGUCGCUUUGAGGGCGGCAGGCAGGCGGCUUUCGGCGGCGCGCCUGCAGGAGGUCUGCCGGUCCCGCAGCUUCGGCGGCAAUUCGGCAGCAGGGACGCUGAUGGCACGGCACCGGCGGACUGCACACAGGCAUGCCACCGAAUCCACGGGACCAGCCAACUGCGUGCAGCUGCGCCACCGAAAGCCGCCUGCCUGCCGUGCUUGGGGCAGCAAAAAACAUAGCGCCGCCCCUGGGUAAACCAGAUAGGAAUAAUAAACUCUGCUCUUCUAGAACAGCAUGAGAUGUACUUGAAGACACUUCACUGUUGUUAACUCUUCAGUUUUAUCACAAGUCUUGCAAUAUUGUUUCUUUUAAAGUCCCAGCACCUGGAGUAAAGUGGUUACAUGAGAAUCUCAGUUCUCAUUUAAAAAAAAAAAAAAAUCUACCCCUCAGAGCAAAGUGAGUUGAAAAUGUGACCUGUCUGUACCCUAAAGGCUCAAACCAGAAGAUACUGAAAGAACCCAACACUAUUUUAGAAUCUUAUUUUUAAGCCAGUCUUAUAACUUGAGGUCUAACUCAUGAUGUUUGAACGCUUGGGGUUGACAGUUCUGCACCUGGCAUUUCUGUGCCUCAGAUAUGAUGCUUAGAUACUAUGGUGAUAAGUGCAGUAUAAGAAACUAUGUAGAAUAGAAUUUUGUCCCUAGCUCCCUUCUUGUUUGAAUGACCUCUCUGAGAACCUGAAUGGUUGGGUAAGGGAAGAUCCGUGGCCAGAAGUUGCUUUAAAGCUGGUGGUGUGUUUUCUUCCAGAACAAGGUUAGCCUGAGUGACUGUUGUGCUUAACUUUGUUGUGUGCAUGUGCAAAUGGCUAGGUGCAUUUGCAUGUGGAGCUGCAGUUAGGUACCCUGUUACAUGUACUUUUCAGUUCUAAAAACUGAAGCCCAUAAAGAUAGCAUCAGUUGUAAAGCCCUGUACAACCAUGCAGUGGGUUGUCUUCAUUUUACAAAUGAGACAAGAUGUUGCAGCAUGCUUGGACCCAUACAAAAAAUCAGUGGUAGAGCUGGGCUUAGAACUCUGGAGUUCCUACUUCAACACUUUACCUCUUAGUAGGGGUGCAUGAUGUGCCAGCAGUAACACAAGUUAGCUCCAUAGCUGCCAUUGUUUCCUGCUCCUAAUAAUGUGGUGGUCACUAAAUAGCACAUCAUCCUUUUAUAGCCUUGCUAAGCGUCUCCUUGGAGUAUGGGACAGGUUGACAGAGGGAAGGAUUUGGAUCAGUGUGACAUGCUGCGGUAGCUUUCCCCCUCUCUUUCCUGAGUACUCACCAGUCUUGUAUUUGAAGAUGGGAGUUAUGUGCUAAUACAUAGCAGCUGUAUCUGGCUCUGUAGUUUAGUUCUAUCUUUUCCAAGCACAAUGAAAAUAAGCAGAGCUCACACCACCUACUAGACAGAGCCACUGCUUGUAAAUCUUUUGGAGUAGCAAACAUGUUGAUUGACCAAAAAUAAAUAAAUAAAAUAAAAUAAAAGCUGACCCUAAGGUGAAACACCUCUAGACGUGAUUUAUUACUUUAUUUUUUAAAGUAGGUCCUGUGGCCCAUCUGAAGUAGGUAGGGAACAUUGGGGCAGCCAGCAACCUCUCUUUGGAGAUGAAUGCAUCUUCUGUGCAAACUUGGUCUCAGCUGACCUGGGAAGUAGAUUUCAGCAGAUGCUUCGCAUGCAUUUACAGUUGCUUGUUCAUUGAGGGCUUGUCUAUACUUGAAAACAUGCACUGGCGAGCUAAAGAGAUUUAAAAUUGAUGUAAAAAUGUGCAAACCCUCCCAGUCUAGAUCCACCUCAACUGCUUUAAACCUUGCUUAAAUCUGUUUAGUUUAAUUAUGUAAAUUACAGAUGCAAGCAAAACUGGUUUAAACACAUCUACACUAGUGGCUUGAAUAAACUAGAUUUUUUUUCAAUGCAGACCAGGCUUAAGAUAACCCUGGCUAGUACUAUGCAUCACAGCAUGAAAAUGGGAAAGUGCAGUGCUCAAUUACACCUGCACUAUUGGUGACAAGACCCUGGCUUGUCAGCAGGGCAACUGCCACCCCUUGGCAUGAGUGAUGGAGAUGAGCAUAAUUUCAAAUGUUUGUAACUCCAAACCUUUCUUAGGGUUUCACUUUAAUGUGUAUAUUCUUGUCUUCUUCUCACCCCCCUUCCCCCCAAUACUGCCUGUGAGUGAAUAAAUGGGCUUUAAUUUAAAAUGUUAGUGCUUCAUGCAGCAUACUUCAGGGGACAAAAAUAUUGGGGAAUGAGAUGAACACUAAAGUGCCCGUUCAAUGUGGCCUCUGCCCCAUUUACAUAAUUAUGUCAGAAACUUUGAAGGAAUGGUGUUACAGGGGAGCAAAGACUGAGCGGAUGGGUGAAAUUGACAGAUUAGAGACCUGAGCCACUUCCCUGCAGUUGGUAAAGGUCCUAUUGUGUCCAGCUUAGCAAGAGAGGCAGCCAGAGGUCCAGUAAGGCUGCCUCCUAUCCUGGGAAUUGUGGGAUUGGUCUGAGUCUAGUUCUUGCUCUCCAACUGUGCUGGGAAAGAGGUAGUGGAGGGGAGUGGAUCUUUAGAAAGCUGUUAUCCCUUUGCUUCAGUGAGCAGGGAAGGCGUGGGAGCAGUUUGCAGACGCAUGGUGCGGGGACAGCAUUGCCUCAAACACUAGCUUUAUAUGAGCUUUUUGCCUUGGCUGUGGUGUUUCUGCUCCCCAUAAGGAUGGAAGCAGGACAGCAGCAGCUGGGAACUCAGAACUGACUUUUUGGGAGACAUGGUGGCCCUUUGCUCUUCCCCCUGUCCCCAGUCCUAGCCACUGUUGUGGAAUGACUGUGUUCUGAGAGCAAACCCCCAGUCAUCUGCCCACUUCCUGCCCCCUACAUCCUCUGGUUCCCCCCUGCCCUAAAUCAGGAAACAUGCCCCAGCCCUGAGCAGAUCUCUGUGCAGUGGAGGAAAAAUGCCGGAGUAACUAGCAGAAGCUCUCCCCCCUCUCACACGCACCUCCCCUAGCUACUUCCCAGGGUCUAUUUUUAAGCAGGCACUUACUUACUUUCCCAGCUUCUCCCCUCCCCUCUUCUUUUUCUGGAUUCCUGCCCGGGGAAGGGGGGAUGUCUCUUUCCUCCUUCAUAAAAGGCCCCUGGAGCAAGGGCUGGGCCUGUGGGGGUUUAUUUUGGGAGCAGCUCCUGGGAUCCGAUGGCCUUGUUAGGGCAGUGUUGACCUUUCUACCGCAGGAGGAGGAGGAGGAGAGAGGGAAGGGGCUGCGAAGGAGAGAGAGAGACACACACACAAUGGGACUCUGAGGAGGGAGGGACUCUGCAGGCAGCCGGAGCAGCAGCAGGAGCCGUGGGGCAUAGCAGCCUGGGCGGGUAUGAUCAGGAAAGGGGGAGCCCCCCAGAGAAGCACGGGGCCCCCCUGCCCUUUCCUGGAGAGCCUCGUAAAGGGGCCGGAGGCUUCCCCAAUGCACUGUCAGGGCAAUGCGAAGCCUGCAGAGAUACAAGUCAGAUCUUAUCCCUCCUCGCCCAAUCUGCCCCAGUCCCACAGCAUGGUCUAUGCUUGAUUGUCCGGUCCCCUAGGUGACAGGUGGGUGCUGGGUUGCAGACAGGUGCCUGGGGCGUUCAGUGUUUGCAGUGUCCUCAGCCGAUCCUUCUCCAAGACAGGAUCCCUUCCCAAAUCCCUCCCUCCCCUCUAUCCUCUGGCUGGACAGCACAAGGUAAUCCUCCCCUUGGUGCAGCACCUUGCUUUGAGCAUGUUUAAUCUGGAAAUGUGGCAACAUUUUAAACACCCCAAACUUUUGCUUAUGAAAAACCGUCCAGCUAAGUAGGAAGGAAAGAGGGAAAGAAAGAGGAAGGAAGGAAGGAGCAAAGUGGAGAUCCCGGCUUGCUGAGCUUCGAUGGCACCAUGAGUGGAGGAAGGUUUGAUUUUGACGACGGAGGAGCGUAUUGUGGGGGCUGGGAAGGGGGGAAAGCCCAUGGCCAUGGCAUCUGCACUGGUCCCAAGGGCCAAGGAGAGUACUCAGGUUCGUGGAACUAUGGUUUUGAAGUGGUGGGCAUAUACACGUGGCCCAGUGGCAACACCUAUGAAGGCUACUGGUCUCAAGGCAAGAGGCACGGUUUGGGGAUCGAGACUAAAGGACGGUGGCUUUACAAAGGCGAAUGGACCCAUGGCUUUAAGGGACGCUAUGGGACAAGGCAGAGCAUGAGCAGUGGAGCAAAGUACGAAGGCACCUGGAAUAAUGGGCUGCAGGACGGUUAUGGCACUGAGACUUACGCAGAUGGAGGAACGUACCAGGGCCAGUUCACCAAUGGCAUGCGCCACGGAUACGGCGUCCGUCAGAGCGUCCCAUACGGCAUGGCGUCUGUGGUCCGCUCCCCUCUCCGAACCUCUCUGUCUUCCCUCCGUAGCGAGCACAGCAACGGCACCUUGCCACAGCAGGACUCGCCGGCGGGCAGCCCAGAAAGCAUCCUCAUGUCACCCACUAUCACGCGGGGAGGCUUUGCCCUCAGUCUGUAUGCGGAUGCUGGAGCCAGCAAGCCGAAGAAAGGGGGCCUCUUCAGACGGGGCUCUCUGCUGGGGAGGCUAAAGAAAUCGGAGUCCAAAACCUCCCUGGCCAGCCAGAAGAGCCGAGUCAGCUUCCUCAAGAGCGAGAGCGGCAUCAGCUCCGCUGCCAGCGACGCCACCUCCACCAUCAGCUUGGGUGAAGGGGCGGAAGGGGAGGAGUUCCAGCCCUUCGAGUCUGACAUCGAUGCCACCACCACAGAGUCCUACAUGGGUGAGUGGAAGAAUGACAAGCGCUCGGGCUUCGGGGUGAGCGAGAGGUCGAGCGGCCUGAAGUACGAGGGCGAGUGGCUGGACAACGUGCGGCAUGGGUACGGCUGUACCACCCUGCCAGAUGGCAAGAAGGAGGAAGGCAAAUACCGGCAGAAUGUCCUGAUCAAAGGCAUGAAGAAACGGGUGAUACCACUGAAGAGCUCCAAGAUCAGGCAGAAGGUGGACAGGAGCAUGGAAGGGGCUCAGAGGGCCGCGGCCAUCGCCCGGCAGAAGGCUGAGAUUGCAGUCUCCAGGACCUCCCAUGCCAAAGCCAAGGCAGAUGGAGCUGAGCAAGCAGCUCAGGCAGCUAACAAUGAAUCGAGCGUAGCCAGGACUAUGGCCAGGGAACUAUCUCCAGACUUCUAUCAGCCAGGCCCUGAGUACCAGAAGAGGAAGCUGCUCCAGGAGAUCAUUGAGAAUGUCGAGACUGUGGCGAACAUGGAAGCAAUAGCACUACCAACCAAAUCGCCACCACCGUCAACCCCUCCAGAAAGCCCUCAGCUCCACGAGAAAGACUCUGCCCACCACAAGGAAAAUCCAGCCCGAAUGCCAUCUCCAAGUCCUGCUGGAACGCCACCGGAGGCAAAGCGGGCAAAGCAGAGUUCACAGAGGGAUGGCUUCCUCAGCCCAGGCAACUGGAAUGGGGAUCACAGCAGAGACGGGAGCCUCACAGGAAGUAGGCCCAGCACACCAUCCAAUGCACUGUUGGCACAUGGGGAGAAGGCAGCAGCCAGCAGCAGACCUGCCUCACAGAACUCCAUUCGGCUCAGCAAUACCAGGACUUCAGCAGACCAGAUGGAGAUCAAGCCCCUUCAGAGGAUAGUGCAAGAACCUGAUGUUGAAUUAUACCAAGGCUAUCACAGCUAUGCAGUGAGGACCUCCCCAGUCACUCCCCCCUUGGACUUUGAGGAAGAACCAUUCCCUGUCCCCAAAUCACCUACCAAGUCGGUCUCCCCAGAGCCAAGAACUGACGUGAGGGCUAUUGAGCACAAAGCAGAACUUCAGAGGAGGGGAGGUACACCCAUCGCUCAGCAGGAACCAGCACCUGAAGAGAAACCAGUGCCCAAAGCAGAAUCUAAACCAGAGCAGCCCGCACCAGAGCCCAAACAUAAACAAGAGCUGAAGCAAAACCAUGUAGCCGAGCACAAGGCUGCCGUGAAAACAGAAGCUGCAACUGAAGCCAAGCCUGAGCAAAAGACUGAGACCAAGGCUCUGGCUAAACCUGAACCUACAGUGGUAGCUAAGAAGGAGCCUUCCUCUGAAGCAGUGACACAGGAAGUGGAUGAAUUUGAAGAGGGACCUAACACAAUCAUGAUCUGCAUGGUCAUCUUAUUGAAUAUUGGUCUGGCCAUCUUAUUUGUACAUUUUCUGACAUGAUGUGCCCCUCAGUCAAGGUGUUACCACUGAUGUAGACCAUGGACCUUGGCAGGGAUUAAACUCUUGGACAUAUGGAAACAUCAGAGAGGAGGACUUUAGAACCCAAAGUUGCACCACAAACAUGAACCUUAAAAUAAAGCUUUCAGAUUAUCUGGUUAGCAUCACUGCUCCCAGUUUGCGGGUGACUCUCCAGUCCAACAAAAAGAAGCCUGGAUUUUUGCAACCCUCCUCGUUUCUAGGAACUAGCCAUUGCCUUAAAGUGUUCUCACCAAAGUCACUGAUCGUGCCAGGGAAGAGGGAUUUAUCUGUAGUUGUAGAAGCAUGUACACUUAAGUGCCCUGUGUUCUUUGACUCCCUUGAUUGACUCCGUGUCAGAGAUUUUCCCAAAGAAUGUCAGUAAACGUAAGGAGAUAAUACAAUGCACACGUUAGCCAGGAACACUCAUAACAGCCAGGCCAGAGCUGGGGAUGUUCAACCACUCCACUAAAUCCCAGAGUAUUAUCAAUCCACUGUUAGCAAAAGCCUUAGGCUGCUUCUGCUGCUGCUACAGAAAUGGAGUUAAAUUAUUUACUAACAAGGCAUAGCCUUGAGGGAACCAUACUUGGAAGUCACUGGUGAAGAAACCAAAAGCAUUUCCUCUCCCGGCUUCCGUAAUAAUUUCCUGCUGAGGGGCAACUGAAAUUGGGCUGAGUGUAAAGCAAGCAAGCAUCCUCAGACCCGAUAGCUGGAUCACACAUGCUGCUGCUGCUGAAGAACCAGUAGGGAGGUUGCAUUGCCUUGUACAUGCUUGACAGAUAGGCUAAUCAGAGGCUGUUUCACUUGAGUGGGUAAAUACUAGCAGAUGGAGACCAUGUCUGCUUACGGACUAUGCAGCACCCACACACUGGGUCUUGUGGCUGAGAGUUGUCCACAACACCAGCAGUUAGGAUCAUUUUGCAGCAAAUUACUCCACAGCUGUAAUUUUUGAAGAAAUAUUUGGCCCGAAUUCCUUUGUUUAAAACAAACAAACAAACAACCCCCCCCCCCCCCGCAGUUUAAAUGUUGCAUUCAGAGCCUGAUGUAAGUUACUAUUAAACUAGGCAACUAGCUUCCAAAUACAGAGAUGCCAUUAUUGCUCCUCUCCAGUGUCUUCUCUCGCUCAUCCUUGGGCUGCAGGCAUGGCCUUCUGUCCUUGUUGUCCCAACAAAAGGGAAUGGAUUUUUCAAACAAUCGUAUGCAGCACCAUUAAAAUGGAAGAGCUCAGGUAUUUCUGUGAGAAAACAAAACAAGGGAUCCAAUCAGACUCCAGUGUAUCUGGGCCUCAUGCUGAAAAAGACCCAGCACAUAGGCGUUAACCAGCAAUAAACUAAAGAGGGGACAAUUCUAGGCAGUGUUCUGGUGUUCUAGACACAGAGGCCUUAGCGAUUUGCAAUAAUCCUACAAAGAACUACAAACUGACAGUCCGACUGUACUUUUGUAAUGAGAUACUUCCUUCACAAUAUGCUCUGACCUGUCGCAAUACAAGCAGAUAACGAUGGCACAGAUGAAGUUACAGUUUAGUGUGAGACUGAGUGCUCGGACAGUUCUUUCUUUUUAAAAUCGAUAAGUAUUUUGUAUCAAUUUCUACGGUAUUUUUAAAAUGUAUUUACGGUGGAUCAUGCACCUCAUGUACCCUAAAGUCCCACAGCCCAGUACCAGCUGGGAGAACGUGAGAGAGAGAAAAGAAUGGCAGAAAACUGAUGGAUAAAAGGGGAGGGAGGAACAGUUCCAAAUGCCAAUCUGUAAGGAUUUCAGAUACAAUGUGGCAAAUGUGCGGGGGUUAAUACAGAUUGGAGACACAGGGGUAAAAUCCUCUGUGCAGUUUAGGUAUAAUUUAUCAGUUGUUGAAGAUAAAAUCAGAUAAACAGGAGUGAUAGUUCUUUUCUCUUUCUCCGCCUCCCCCCACCCCCCACCCCUCACACGUUUAUUUUGUGACUAUAUUUAGCUCAGGAAUGUUGCCACAGUAGCUCUUACAUGGUAUUAAUUGUGGGAGGAGAAAUUAAUUUGAUCCCUGUCUGGAAACCAUGUGUCUGUUCCAGCCCUGAGAAAGCAGAGAAGUAUCUCUUAGGAACUUUCACAGAGCACAGCGUGGUAGCAAUUCAUCUUUUUUGAACCUGUCUUCUUUUUCUAAAUAUAAAUGUAUUGUAAACACCAGGCUCAGUUGCUUUGAAAUUUUAUGACCCAUUUGCUGGCACUUAGUUGCCAGCUGUACCGUUUCAAUAUGCCUGUUGCUUUUUUUAACCACGUAUAUGACUGAGAGAUCUAAGAGAUCUUUAUUUAUCUCUAAGCACAAAACCGGAUCUUUUAAAAAAUGCUAAGGCGAUUUCUCUCCCAGUUUGUAUGCAUGUGAUGUGCACUCAGUAAUGUGCUUUGUUCCCAGUAAUGUUCUGAGAAAAGUAGGUAGAUUU